AUGGCAAUAAAGAAGAACAACAUCAGUACUGUUCAAAAACUAGUAACACCGGGUGCUUUUAUCAUCAACAAAAAAUGUUAUCAAGUCGUGAUGACACAAACAUUAGAAAAAAAAAAUGAUCAAAACUUUCUUGAUCCUAUUUUUCGUGAUAUUCUACAACCUCUCAUUGACAAGUUAACAUCUAAAGAAUUGCUACGUCGUUGUUUACGUGGUAUAACUCAAAAUUCAAAUGAAUCAUUGAAUUCUAUAGUUUGGAGUAUACUAAGUAAAUCCAAACAUCACGGAUAUCGUUCCGUCCGAGGUUGUGCUGCUCUUGCAGCCAUGUAUUUUAACUCAGGUAGUAAAAUUUUAAUAAAAUAUUUUAGCCAAUGUGGUGUAAGUGUUAGCAAAACUUUGUUUGAACAUUUUUUGGCAAAAGACAAAAAAAAAUAACAAAUUCAAAAAAAAAAUAACGAACAACGAGAAAAUCGAAUUCAACGAAAAGCUACAGACAGAACAAAUUCAAUUAGAGCUUCAACUGAUGUAGCUGAUUAUAAUCCUAGUGGCUUUAAUUUGCAGUGUUAUGAUUCUUUUAAAAGUUGAAAUAAAACAUGUUUUCUGCCCUUGUUAAUUUAGUCAACAGCAUAUAGUUAUUCAAUGUUGAUUAGAUUGUAUUUUAGUAUGGGCAAUUAUUUACUUGCUGAGUCCGCUAUACUGGAACACUUUCCUUUAGUGUUAUAUAUGGCUUUGUUGCUUAUUUAAUUCUCUAUCAGAUAGUAUAUAAUAUGUAACUAUUUGCUUUACUCAAAGCAGAAAAUAUGUGAAAAACAAGUGGUAGGUAAAAAAUCAUGUUUUUUCUAUUUUCAUGUUCAUGUUACGUGAUAUAUAUUUCUUUUCAUAAGCUCAUAAAGGAGAAAUCUGUUCCGUUUAGUACAGACAGCAUUCGAUGGUACAUCUUUUAGUCGAGACAGAUUUUUUGUAGAAUAUAUCAUAGGCCUGAAAUCGCGAGCAAGGUUUUCAAAAAAAUACUUUUGGACAUGGAAAUCUGCAUUGAUAAAAGAAAACAUGACUUCUAGAAGAUGACUAAUCGAAUCAUUAUGAAAUUUUCAGGAUAGUUAUAACUUUUGAUGCUCUAUAAAAUCACAUUAAAAUGAAGUCACAAUUUUCAAUUUGAAAAAUUUUCAAUAAUGCAUAUCUGUAUGGGGUCAAUAAAUGCUCUAUGUCUUGUGGCAGUCCUAGCUCUGUGAAAAAAAGUCGGACAACUGAAAAAAUUUGAGGAUAUAUGCAGCUUUAAAUGCUCUACAAAAUGGUGAAAAAAAAUUGGGGGUGAGGGGUUGGUAAGCCUCCCCCCGCCCUUAAUUUCAAACCAGAAUUUCUCUUUUUAAUGGAUUUUCUUUUGUUAUUUUCAGCGAAAUGUAGAUGAUGUUUUCAAUUUUUAUAUAGAAUUUACAUAAGAAAAAUUAAUGGUAAUAUCAGCACAAGAUCGUCACCCAAUGCAUGACGUAGAUCAAGAGCAUUUUGAAAGAUUUCAUUUAUGUAAAUCAGUGGGCAAUUGGUAGAUGCUGAACUUGAUUCCAUUCUCAUUCCAUUUUCUAAUCUUUUUUCUGUCGUAAUUUCUUGUAGUAUAUCAAUAGGAGCUAUUGCUGAUCAUUAAGCAAAACGUACAGGAAGUGUUCGUCUACGUGAAGAAGCGCGUCGUAUUCGAAAUAUUGCCAGAUAUGAACUCAAAAGAUUUCGUCAAGAGCAGUUAACUAAACAACUAGCUGAUCGUCACAAAUCUGGAAAAGAAUCAAAUCUAUUUUGGAGUCGAACGA